UUGAACCGCUAUAACUAUUUACACCCGCAUUUUGAAGCUUUAAAUUUUUGUGGCAAACUUAUGGCGUCCCAUUCAAAUGUAGAUCGCAUGCAAAUAAUGCAUCAUAUGUGCAAACGAGAGGUUGAGCAACUAAAAGCAAAUCUAAAUAAAUAUUUGGAUGAAUGUGAAGUUGUAAUGAGAAACGAUAUAUUUAAACAUUUUCGAAAAGAUUCUGGUCAAGCAACUCAUGCUAAUGUGUUUGCUUUGAUGGCCUACGACAAAUACAUGUCACGCGUAGCGGCCGUAACAAACUUAGCACGUAAAUUGAAUAUUCAUUUGCAACUACAUAAUGUCAAUAAAAUCCUAACUGGCGGUGUUGGUUGUGGUAUUGAUCUAGAACCCGUUCCGUAUUUACUCGAGGAAUUUGUUGAAUGGCAUAAGGUAUUAAGCGAUAAAGACGGGCGUUUGGAUUACGACAUUGAUAGUAAGCAUUAUCGUAGUGUAGAGGGUGAGAAGUGGACGAGCUACCGAAGUGUAGAGAAGGAUUCAAUGAGUUCAAUUGCGUUAUUGAACGAUAAUGAAAAAGUCCCAGAUACUAAUGCAGUGGACGACAAAACUCCAACAGUAUGUAAAAUAAAGUUUGCUGAACCCGAGUCAGUAACACUUGAAUCAUUACCGUCAUGUGUCCAUUUGCGUGAUUUGACGGCAUUCGUUGCAGGGUAUCAUUUCACCGCAUUCGUUACGUAUAUACAUAAUAUAGAGGAGUUGUGCUUCUAUGCUUGCCAGAUGCGCAAUGAUAUGUUGUAUGAUUUAACCAAUAUGUAUAAUCUACCGAAAUGCGUGCGAAUACCGUCUACGAAUGUUAUAUUUGGUAUCUCAAUUAAUAGUAAGAAUAUAUUACGAGGUGUGCUGCUACAAUCUCCAGAUAAGAAAAAUGAAAAUAAUUUACAUGUGCUGCUCAUCGAUUAUGGAGAAUUGGUGCCCCUAAAUAUCAAUGAUGUCCAAUUUUAUGAUUUACCCAAAGUUUACAAAGAUUUACCUGCCCAAGCCAUGAAAUGUAUUAUUUUGGGCGUUAAAGAUGCAACUAGCGAAAGCAUAGAGACAAGUGCAAGUGUGCUGACCAAAACACUACGGAAUUCUGAAUUCAAAGAAGUCAACUUUGAGGUCGUGAGGCAAAUAGGCAGAAUUUUGCACGUUUACAUGAUUGAAUGCCAAUCAAAAGGAAAGAAGUCGCGAGAUGUUAAAUUAAACUUCUCAAAGAAUCCUUUCUUAAAUUCCUUUGACGAAAAUUCAUUUUCUGAUGAUUUGCAAACACCAAAGGAAACAAUUUUGUUAAAAUCACGUUUAGAUGAGGUUCUUGAAAAUGAUAUAAUAAAUUUAGAAGUUAUGCAUAUUUCUCGACCUGACUCGUUUUAUGCUCAAAUACUAAGUGAGAAGAAUGAACAACUGGAACAACUAUUUUGGAACUCUGAUGAAUUAUCUGCGGAGCAGAAGUUAACUGAAGCACCAAAAUUAGGGGAUUUAAUAUUGGCACAGUAUGCAAAGGAUUGCUUUUGGUAUCGCGCUAAGGUCAUUGGUGUAGUAGGAGACACAAAGUUCGAGGUAUUUUAUGUUGAUUAUGGUAAUACAGAGACUGUGCCACUAAAAGGCAUCGCCAAAUGCAACAAUGUCCAAGAAAAAGAACCUUUCCGCGCAGUACUUUGUCGUAUUGCUGGCAUAAGCGAUAUUACAAACGGUGACGAUGCUCGCUUCGAAAAAGUUAUUCAAAUGUUGGUAGUUAUGUUAUUGAAUCAACGUAUUGAAGUGCAGGUUAUUGAAAAAAUCAACGCAGAAGAGUUAAGAGUUCAUGUACUGGAUCAGGAAUUCACAAAAAUUACGCAAAUGCUUUUCAAAUUUGAAGCUUAAAUAUGUGUAUUUUUAUUUUUAACUAACUGCCCACAUGUGUAAAU